CAACAAGCGCCAUGGCCCCUCAGUACAAGCUGACGUACUUCAACCUGCGAGCACGGGGCGAGCUCACCAGGUUCAUCUUCGCCGCCGCCGGGGUGCAGUAUGACGAUAACAGGAUCGAAUUUUCAGAAUGGCCGGCACUCAAAGAAAAAACACCGAUGGGCCAGAUGCCGCUGCUGGAGGCUGACGGGAAGGUGGUGUGUCAGAGCGGGGCGAUAGCUCGCUACAUGGCCAGGGAAACAGGUCUCGGUGGAAAGUCCAGCUGGGAGGAGGCACAAGUCGACAUGUUCGUCUGCGGGGUAGAUGACCUCAUCACCAAGCUAUGUGACGCUCACUUCGCCUCGGAUGAGGCUGUGAAGGAAGAGAGAACGAAGGCGCUGGGUCCGUAUGUCUCCAAGUUCCUAGACAACUACGAGAAGCUCUGCGGACCUGAGGGCCAUCUGGUCGGCACCAGUUUGACCUACGCUGACCUUGCCUUCUUUGUGGGGAUGCAUGACAUAUGGCAACAUCGUGCAGACGCCCUGGAAAAGUACCCCAAGCUGGCUAAGGUGGCGGAAACCGUCAGGGACAACGAGGGAGUCGCUGCGUACAUCGCCGAGCGCCCGGAGACGAAUAUUUGAUUUAAAAGUUGACAUGCUUUGGAUGUGUGCUUUUUCACCUAUUGUUGUAACAUCCUUCGCUUGGCACACGUCAUUGGACGUGUUAUUACGGCUCAUUCUCUCAUUUACGUGGAUUACAAAUUCUGUUUUCAUGGCAAUCCUUCUCACCUACCGACUCUGUGAAAUUGUUAGGGAUGGCUUUAUAAAGAGUACCAGAUAGGUCUGCGAUUGUUUGCAAUACAUUCAUAUGGAACCAUGUCUAAAAUUGAAGUAGACCUCCGUAAGACUAAUAUGUUUGGUUAAAUUAUGUCGUAGUAUCACUAUACAUAUUUUAACCGGACAUGUACAACACGUUUAACGUUUUUGGCCCUGUCCCAAACAUUAGUAGGUCCAUGGUAGGUCCCAAUGAACUCAUACAACAUACGGAAUGUUUUGAUUGAGGCAUGGGGUGCAGUUCGCCAACAUUCCGCAUGUCGUCACUUUUGAGCUGUGGAGAUUUGGUGAUAACGUGUAAAUUACCUCAUUAACUUUUUUUAACUCUAACUUUAAGUGUCUUACACGAAAAUCCUUGAGGGAUUGUCAGGGAAGACUUAAGUUGAGCCUUAAGCUACAUGGAGUGAAGACAAUGUCCACAAAUCGACAGCUACUUUUUGGUCGUAAAUCUGGCGAUCAAAUUUAAAUAUAUAUGUGAGGUGAGUGACCGAGUAGCCCCCCUCCCCAUGUACAUGAGCGUCGACACGUAUCCAUUAGACUCCUGUUAUUGGAAACCCAGUUGCACUUGACGACCGGGAUCACGUGGUCCUCUCCGUAAGGGCAAAACGCUGGGUGGGUGCACAUAAAAUAGUCUAUGCAUAACAUACAUUCUCACACGAACAACAUUUGCCUUCGCACUGGGUUGGGUCUGGAACAAGUCGGCUGACGCUGAGACAGGAAAGACUCCAGGUUUCUGAGCAGAAAACAGAUAGAACUUUGCUACGGAAAGACCUCGUGGUUUGGAAACUGUGUGUACCCAAGACUGAAGGACUCCCCUAGUACCUGAGCUGUAACCUAAACCCGUGUCCAGGGCACCAAAGGAGCUGUAGCUACAGACAACUGGAACUGACGUCACAGAGAGGCAUUGCUCCUAUCUAGAGUACGCUGGUUGAGAGCAGGCGUCGUGCAAGAGACAAGACCUUCUCAGCCGAAGGCAGCAAGACUUAAGGCGAAUAUUAAGAAUAUUAAGUAGUAUCUGAGACAUGGAGUUGGACAAACAGACCGUCCAACAGGUCCAGCUCCUUGUGAUCAACUUCUUGAUCAUCGCCAUCUUGUGUUUUGUAUUCUACGUGUUCUUGGAGACGUUCUUCUUCUAGUAUCCGUUGUCCUGCUCAAAGCAACAUGUCUUAAGUUAGUAGCCAUGAGCAUAGACCUUGCAUUGUGUAAGAAACUGACUGUAUGUCGUGUGUUAUACAUGUGAAAAGAUGUAAUACAAAAGAAUACCCAUUGCAGGCCCAUAGUGUAAUGGACAGCUUCAGUACAUUGCAGUGUAAGCAUGCGAUUAUAAAAGAAUGAAGUUAUGUUUGAGCACCUACGCCUUGCCAAACAUAGUCAAAAGAAGACUGGGCUUAGUUAGAUAGAUGACUCCAUGUCUAAGGCAUUCCCAUGGAUAUGCCCGAAAGAGUAGCUUUAGCAGAGAAUGUUUUAGUUAGAAGAAGGACGGAGAUAUCCCUCACGGCAAAGAUGGCCCUCCAACUAGAACAUGGAUCCAUAGCAAGAUACCCAGAAGGUUUAGAACGAGACGAUAAAUUCUUGUGGCGCUUACAUGAUCCUUGGAUACUAGAUUUAGACAAGACAACAUUGUUUAUGUAGAAAUGCACACAAUAACUGAUUCAGAAGCAAACUCUUUCAACAAUGGUGCUCAAGAGUCGGAUAUUCUUUGACACAUUUCCAUCAGAGUUGUAAUUAAAGCUCUUUGUUUGUUG